AUGACCAAAGCAGAUAAGGAAAAGCUUAAGCAGAUUCCUAUGUCUACCAUCGAUUGCUCAGAUGAAGGAAACACUUUCAAAGCAGCCGCAGCAACAACAGACACAUACAAUCAGGUCAGAAACUUUUACAAAAAAAUUGUUGUAGAUCCAUCGUACGCAACUGCUGAACACAAUAUUUUAGUGUACCGUUUUAAGGACGGUAACGGCGCAAUCCACGAUGGUCACAACGAUGACGGUGAGUACGGUGCAGGAAGGCGGCUUAUCCAAGUUCUCCGAUCGAUGAAUGUUACGAACAUGACAUGCGUGAUCUCCAGAUUCUAUGGGAAACAUUUGGGUUUUCGCAGAUUUCAAAUUAUGGAAAACUUGAUGGCAGACAUGGUUCUUGCACAUAGUGGCUAA